GUCUGCCCCCACCCGCGGAACUCCUGUCCCUGCAGAUGAUCUGGAGGAAGUGUUAUGAAGACGGGUUUUAUGCGAAUAAUCAUACGUAUGCAAGCAAACUAGCAUUUCACAAGCUAAAAUUAGGCGUGGAUUUAAAAAUACACAUUGAAGAGCUGUUGAAUCGCCAUCUCUGGAAAAUGGAUCCAGGAUACGUAUUACAUCUCGCUAUUUGAAAUACGUCUCAAUUCAUCUCCUCGCUGGCUUUCUUUCUACCACCAACAACAUACCAGGCCGACAUCGACGACAGCUAGCGAGUAUUGCUAUCCACCUAGCUAACACUGCUAGGUUUCCCCAUUUGCUUUUUCUCAGAUGUCCACAAUGAAAACUAAGUUCCUGCAUGCUCCACCCACACCUAGCCCGUCCUCUUCGUGAUUGAACAGCUGCUGACUGACCAGAGAGGUGCAAAAUGUCUGUGUUGCCAUGACUUAAAGACAUCAAUCAAAGAUGGAGAAAAAGAAAAUGUGCCCCCGUCUACUGGACUACCUGGUGGUGGUGGGAGCCAGGCAGCCCAGCACUGACAGCGGGUCCCAGACCCCCCAGCUCCUCCGCCGUUACCCGCUGGAGGACCACCCAGACUUCCCUCUGUCCCCGGACGUGGUCUUCUUCUGUCAGCCUGAGGGAUGCCAGAGCAUCCGGCAGCGCCGGGUCAGCCUGCGAGACGACGCCUCCUUCGUCUUCGCACUCACUGACAAAGACUCUGGCAUCACGCGCUAUGGUAUCUGCGUCAACUUCUACCGCUCCUUCCAGCGAGGGGGGCACCGCCGCGACAAGGCGGGUAGCGGUGGAACGGCGGCACAGACAGCGGAAGCGACCAGCGAGGGUUCGGAUGGCAGCGGUGGCUGCCCCAAUGCCUCCACGUUGCCGACGCCUGCCAGUGCCGACACAACAACCACACCUGUGCCAGGCACGGAGCCGGGACCACCCGGUGGCGAGCCAAAUGCCGGCAGGUCCCCUCGGCACAAACGCAGCACUGCCAAGAUGGUCAGUCGGAACCGCGACAGCACGCUGACCUCGCUGUGCAUGAUCAGCCACUACCCCUUCUUCUCCACCUUUAGGGAGUGCCUGUACAUCCUCAAGAGAAUGGUGGACUGCUGCAGCCACAGGUUGACCCAGCGCGCCGGCCCGCCCCGUGCAACUCAGAGGGACACCAUGUGGCGCGUGUUCACGGGGGCCCUGUUGGUGGAGGAGAAAGGCAGCCAGCUGCUGGCUGACCUGCGGGAGAUCGAGUCCUGGGUCUACCGCCUCCUGCGCUCCCCGGUGCCCGUGGCGGGCCAACGGCGCGUAGAUGUGGAGGUGCUGCCCCACGAGAUGCAGCCGGCACUCACUUUCGCCCUGCCCGACAACUCUCGCUUCUCCAUGGUGGACUUCCCCCUGCACCUGCCCCUGGAGUUGCUGGGUGUGGACGCCUGCCUCAUGGUGCUCAGCUGCAUCCUACUGGAGCACAAGGUGGUCCUCCAGUCGCGGGACUACAAUGCCCUGACCAUGAGUGUCAUGGCGUUUGUAGCCAUGAUCUACCCCCUGGAGUACAUGUUCCCUGUCAUUCCCUUACUGCCCACCUGCAUGGCCUCCGCUGAACAGCUUCUCCUCGCCCCCACCCCUUACAUCAUAGGUGUGCCUGCCAGCUUCUUCCUCUACAAAUCCGAUUUCAAAAUGCCCGACGAUGUGUGGCUCGUGGACCUGGACUGUAACAAGGUCAAAGCACCCACCAAUGCAGAGCACCUACCCCUUCUUCCCGAGCCGGAAUCCACAGAACUCAAGAAACACUUGAAACAGUGUCUGGUUAGGUUGACCGUGAUCACCCAAAAGCAGAUCUUCUCCUCUGACAAUAAGGCCCUGGCCAGCAUGAGUCUCAACACCCAGCCCAUUCUGAACCUGGAGAAGUUCCAGGAGGGCCAGGAGUUACCCCUGCUCCCCCCCGGCCAGAACAAGGCGUCGCCCUCCUCCACAGAGUUCAACCCCCUCAUCUACGGCAACGACGUGGACUCUGUGGAUGUGGCCACCAGGGUUGCCAUGGUGCGGUUCUUCAACUCCCCCAAUGUGCUCCAGGGUUUCCAGAUGCACACACGUACGCUGCGCCUCUUCCCCCGGCCCGUGGUGGCAUUCCAGGCCACGUCCUUCCUGGCCUCUCGGCCCCGACGCUCCGGCUUCGCUGAGAAGCUGUCGCACACCCAGGCCGUGGAGUACUAUGGCGAGUGGGCCCUCAACCCCACCAACCUGGCCUUUCAGAGGAUCCACAACAACGUGUAUGACCCAUCUUUAAUCGGAGACAAGGGCAAGUGGUACGCCCACCAGCUGCAGCCGGUGUUCUACCGCGUGUACGACGGCAGCUCCCGGCUGGCCGAGGCCAUGAGCGGACCCCUAGAAGAUGAGGCCAACGACUCGGACCCCACAGACGACAGUGCGGCCGACGGCGACAGUGCAGAAGAAGCAGCAUGUGACAGCGAGGCUGGCUACGAUGACUCCAGUUCUUCCUACUCGUCACUUGGAGACUUGGUGAGCGAAAUGAUCAAAUGUGACAUCCAAGGGGACACGCCAAACCUGGAUCCCCCUACCCACGCUGCACUGGGAGACGCCAGCGAAGUGGAGUUCCAGGACUUCCAGGAGUUCAAGGGAGGAGACGGUCCCCUCCCCCAAGAGAAGGCACUGCCCGAGGGGGGCGACGGAGCUCCUGAACCUCCUGAUGGACAAGCCCUCCGCUCGAGCUCCAGCACAACCGCCAGCUCCAGCCCUAGCACAAUCAUCCAGGGAGUCAACAAUGAGCAGGCAGAACCAGUGGAAAUGGAGGCAUUGGCCAGUGCAGCUCUACAGAACCCUGUCCCGGGAUUGGGCGCUCCGCCCUUCUCCAGACCUCCCCCAGACGCUGCCCCGGUGGGACCAGCCAAUAAGAAGGGAGAGUACGACAACCCCUACUUUGAGCCUCAGUAUGGCUUCCCCGCUGAGGAGGACCCUGAGGCAGAAGACCAAGAGGAGACGUACACGCCCCGGUUCAACCAGAACCUCAAUGGCAACAAAGCCCAACGCCCCCUGAGGCCCAGCAGCCUAAAGCUGCCCGGAGAGUCGGACGGAGAGGGCGACUCCCGCAACAGUUCUCCAAACUCCACCAUCUCCAACAACAGCAGCGAUGGCUUUGGGGGCCUCAUGUCCUUUGCCAGUAAUCUGUACAAGAACCACGGUUCCAGCUUUAGCCUCUCCAACCUGUCUGUACCCAACAAGGGGGGGCUGAGGGAGAAGGCCGCUGGGGCUGGGCCCUUCCCCAAUCUCAAAGGAGGCGCCCGCGGUCCCCCCAGGGCGCUUGUUGACCAGAAGUCGUCGGUCAUUAAGCACAGUCCCACGGUCAAGAGAGAGUCCCCUUCGCCCCAGGGUCGUGCCAACAACACCAGUGAGAACCAGCAGUUCCUGAAGGAGGUGGUGCAGAGCGUGCUGGAGGGCCAAGGCGUGGGCUGGCUCAACAUGAAGAAGGUACGCCGCCUGCUGGAGAACGAGCAGCUGCGCGUCUUCGUGCUGAGCAAGCUGAACCGUGCCGUCCAGUCCGAGGAGGAUGUCAGGCAGGAGGUCAUCCGUGAUGUGGAGAUUGGCAGGAAGGUUUACAAGGGUAUGUUAGACAUACUGAAGUGCACCGUUUCUAGUCUGGAACACUCGUACACCAAUGCCGGGCUUGGAGGCAUGGCCAGCGUCUUCGUUCUGCUGGAAAUCGCACGCACCCACUACCAAACCAAAGUAGACCCAGAGAAGCACAAGAGGAGCCCCAGUGACUCUGCAAGCAGCCCGGGCAGCAAGGACAGCCCGUCUGCCCGCAUGGAGGGCACCAGGCCCCCGGUGCUCCUCCUCGUUCCCCGUCUCCAACUGCCGCACCCCACCUCGGGGAGAAAAGACACCCACCACUUUGACACCCGGAGUCUGAACGAGGAGAAUUUUAUUGCCUCCAUUGAAUUGUGGAGCAGGCACCAUGAAAAGGAUAAGCAAAAAGCUAUGGAAAAACAACAGAGAGCGGAGGGGGCUAAGAAACAGCACCCUGAGCUGACUGACACGGAGGAGAAGAAGUCCCAGAUCAGUGCUGACAGUGGCCUUAGUGUCACCUCUGGAUCCCAGAAGAGUGACACAGAGUCUGUGACCGGCACUGAAGCGCCAGUCCUUACCAGAAGCACCAGCCAGGACUCAGAGGCCAGCACAGUGAUAAGUAACAGCUCAGGAGAGACGCUGGGAGCUGACAGUGACUUGAGUAGCACCGCUGGGGAGGGCUUGGGUGGCAGGCAAGCCCCCCAUCUCAACCUCUCCAGGGGAACACUGUCCGACAGCGAGGUUGAGACCAACCCGGCUACCAGCUCAGUGUUUGGUAAGACCCAAAAGAUGAAGCCUGGUGUGAAGGAGGCGAAGGCUAAACUUGUGCCUGUCAUGGCUAAGGGGCCUCCCACCCAGCCCUUGGAAGACAUCAGUAUGAGGAUUUACCUAUGUGAUGGCCUGCUGGGGCGCGACAAGAGCUCCAUGUGGGACCAGCUGGAGGAUGCUGCCAUGGAAACGUUCUCUCUGAGUAAGGAGCGCUCUACACUGUGGGACCAGGUCCAGUUCUGGGAGGAUGCUUACUUGGAUGCUGUCAUGUUGGAGAGGGAGGGGAUGGGUAUGGACCAGGGACCUCAAGAGAUGAUUGACAGAUACCUGUCACUCGGGGACCACGACCGUAAGCGCCUGGAGGACGAUGAGGACAGGCUGCUAGCUACUCUACUGCACAAUAUGAUCGCCUACAUGCUAAUGGUUAAGGUGAACAAGAAUGACAUCAGGAAGAAGGUGAGGCGUCUGAUGGGGAAGUCCCACAUCGGCCUUAGCCACAGCCAGGAGAUCAACGAGUGUCUGGACAAACUGGCUAAUUUGAAUGGUCGCGAGCUGUCCAUCAGACCUAGCGGAAGCCGUCACAUCAAGAAGCAGACCUUCGUGGUGCACGCUGGGACUGAUACCACGGGGGACAUCUUCUUCAUGGAGGUGUGUGAUGACUGUAUAGUCCUGCGCAGCAACAUCGGCACAGUGUAUGAGCGCUGGUGGUACGAGAAGCUCAUCAACAUGACCUACUGCCCCAAGACCAAGGUCCUGUGUCUGUGGAGACGCAAUGGCCAGGAGACCCAACUCAACAAGUUCUACACCAAGAAGUGUCGCGAAUUGUAUUACUGUGUGAAGGACAGCAUGGAAAGAGCUGCUGCCCGACAGCAGAGCAUUAAACCAGGUCCAGAGCUGGGUGGAGAGUUCCCUGUGCAGGACAUGAAGACUGGCGAGGGAGGACUGCUGCAAGUCACCCUGGAAGGCAUCAACCUCAAAUUCAUGCACAGCCAGGUUUUCAUAGAGCUGAAUCACAUUAAAAAGUGCAAUACUGUGAAGGGAGUCUUUGUCCUGGAGGAAUUUGUUCCUGAAACUAAGGAAGUGGUGAUCCACAAGUACAAGACACCCAUGGCACACCAGAUCUGUUACUCCGUCCUCUGCCUUUUCUCCUACGUGGCUGCGGUGAAGGGGAAGGAAGCAGAAGGCAAGCCCAAGCUUCUAUCUCCAAGACCCCUGGCCAGCUAGUCUACAACCCCCUCCAACCCCCCCGUGCCUCUCACUCUGCAACAAAGUGGAAUCUCGGCCCUACUAUGACAUUGAGUUCUCACAAUCCUUGAUCCUACACACCUCUUUACUCCUCUUUGCACCCUGUAAGUACAUCUCCAAGAAAUACCCUCUACUCUUUGCGCCUUGCCAUGUAAGUAAAAUUCCUAUGGUGUGUGUGUGUAUGUACAUGUGAUCCCUGGUCUGUGGCAUCGUGUGUGUACACCCUUCCCAACCAUGGUCACGUCCACAAGGCUCCUCCCAUACAGGCCCAGCCUGAUGUCUUGGCCGUAAGCUUGCUUGAUCUUCAAGGCGACAGUUCGUUCCCCAUCUCUUUCUUUUCUCGUCCUGGCCUGCUGCCAAGGUCUUACUGGUUGUUUUUAAUGGGAUGGAGACAGCAAGAGGGAUUGAUGUGAGCCACAGCUCUACAAGUCGAUAAGAAAGCAACCAACCGCCCCAUCCACUCUCUGCGACUGUGUGAUGAAUAUUCUAUGUGGUACUACUGUAAAACUCCAGUCUGUCCAAACCGGUGAAACGUUUAAAAAGUACUCUAGUACUGACGGUUGUCACUUUGUUAAUAAAUGCUACUUCUGCAUGGUGCAUCAAACACUGCACGUAAAAGCUUGUUUCAUUCCUUUUGAUCCCAAAAUAUCUUGUGUGGUCCAAGAUGUGUGCAUCUCUUUAGCUUGCCCAGUGUUGCGAAACUACUGUAGUAGUUCUACUGUCAAGUGUCUUGCCUGUGGUCCUCUGUAUUGAAUGUUACUAUGGAGAGAAGAAAUGCUGUACAUUUCAACAUAAGAUGUUUUGCAAAGUGUGGUUUAUUUACUAGAUGUGCAAUACUUUACAUAGUAAGCCAGAGCCAGAUCAUUGUUCUGUUUUUUUUUUUAUCUUGGCAAUUCUGGCUUACACAGAGCAAAGAUUGUAUAAAAAAAAAAGGACUUCAUUGUCGUAGAUAUUUAUUGAAGUAAAUAAAUAUGACCUAUUGUUUAUACUUGCGAAAUCACUAUUUGGAGAUUCUAGAGAUGUGUACAUCUACUGCUGUUAUGGUUUUGUCUGUUGGAGAGGUGUGUUAAGUCUUCAUGUUGUGUCUGUUGUAGUAAGAUAAAUCCAAUCUAGCCCCAUUUCAGCCCAAUUGUAAGUGGUGUGUAUGUGAGUGUAUACAUGCAUUGUAUUGUUUUGCCAGAUAAGCAAUAUAUGAAUAAUACAGCUAUAUGAUCAGGAUAUUGUUUUUAAUGUUUACGUGGCUUUUAUUUUUUUAGAGAUGAAAUGCGUGUGUAAGGAACAUAAUGUUACAACUUCCAUGAGGUAAUUAUUUAAGGUAUUUCAUUCUUGACAAUAAAAACACUGGUGUAAAUAUGAGAGUAACUGGAUGAGGAGUGUCUCAAAACAGUUUGAAGACAGUAACCGAACAUAAGGUAUUGUUUGUUAGACUAGUUACAUAUGAGAACAUUACAAAACGGGAGUAUUUGAAACCAACCAACCCAAUUAUUGUGCUAGCUAGCCUACUGCUGUUGAGAAAUUGUUGUAAAUAUGUGUUGGAAAAAAGUAUUUAUAGAACAUGUACAGCUUUGGCAAUAUCAAAAUAAAAGUUGUCAACCAAA